AUAAUAGCUCUUCAAGUCUCCAAUAAAAAAUGGCCUCCAAUAAAACUACAUUGCAAAAAAUGGGAAAGAAACAGAAUGGAAAGAGUAAAAAAGUAGAAGAGGCGGAGCCUGAAGAAUUUGUGGUGGAAAAAGUACUGGACCGCCGUGUAGUGAAUGGGAAGGUGGAGUAUUUCCUGAAGUGGAAGGGAUUUACAGAUGCUGACAAUACUUGGGAACCUGAAGAAAAUUUAGAUUGUCCAGAGUUAAUUGAAGCAUUUCUUAAUUCUCAAAGAGCUGGUAAAGAAAAAGAUGGUACAAAAAGAAAAUCUUUAUCUGACAGUGAAUCUGAUGAUAGCAAAUUAAAGAAGAAAAGAGAUGCUGCUGAUAAACCAAGAGGCUUUGCCAGAGGUCUUGAUCCUGAACGAAUAAUUGGUGCCACAGACAGCAGUGGAGAAUUAAUGUUUCUCAUGAAAUGGAAAGAUUCAGAUGAGGCAGACUUGGUGCUGGCAAAAGAGGCAAAUAUGAAGUGUCCUCAGAUCGUAAUUGCAUUUUAUGAAGAGAGACUAACUUGGCAUUCUUGUCCAGAAGAUGAAGCU